UUAAAUAAUUAGCUUUAUUUCUUAAACGAUUUAUUAUGCUAACGGCGAACGGAAAAAUUCGUGGCAAACAAGUUCAAUGACCUGUUCUUUGUUCGUGAUAUAUUAGCUGAAUGUGAAAAAGGAUUAUAGAGAGAGCAUUUAUGUUUAACACAAGAGAAUAUGAUAAUAAUAAUUUAAUAUUUAAUAUUAGAAUAAUAGUAAAUUAAAUAUUAAUAUCGGUAUACAAUUUUUAAUACUGAAAUUCAUAAUAGUAAAAUAACAAGAAUUUUUAACGCCCGACGAAAUAUCAAUUAACCGACUAGAUAAUUAAAUAAUAUGAAGAACUAAGUGAUAAAAGAAUAUAAAAGUAAAGCUAUAAAUAUUGCAACAUCGAUAUGUUCAACUGUGUAGAAAAUUUUAAUUGAAAAAUCAAUUUUCUGACAAAGUGGAAACCAUGUGUGGACAUUUUAACGAUACGUCCCUGGUUUUCGCGCAUUACGAUUCAAUUAAUUUAUGUUGCAUUCCAUUUGAAGAGCAUUGCUGUCUGGAUACUUUUGCACAAGAGUUUUCCUCUCCGACGUUCAUCCACACCGCGAUGAAUCAACUUUAUCUCGUUGCGUAGCUUUUCUUUGUGCAAAUUAGUGUUUGUACAUUAAUUGUCAUCUUUAAAAAAGACGAUGCUAAAGAACGUCUUCGCGCGUGAUCAAACGUGGACAAAUGUAUAAAAAAGUAUUAAUUCGAUAGAAAUUAAAGGAUAUUAUUAAUACUAUUUAUUGUUCACAUUGCUAACAAAGCGGUAAUAUGAAAUAAAUUAUUAUAAUGAAGCUAAAAUUUCAUGGAAAUAUAGAGGUGUUUAUAUUGCAAAUUAUACUAAUUGAGUUAUGAGACGAAGGAGAGAGAAUAGGCCGUUUUAUCUUCAGAAACGACAUGAACAAUGAAGUGAAUCAUGAUAAAGGUGAAUAAAUAGAGAGAAAAAUUUAAAUCCGAUACAUCGUCAUCAAUAUUUAUACCGCAUAAAGUGGAAUAACACAGACAAAGGAACGAACGAUGGCAAACGGGAAUGAAUGAAUAAAAAAGACUGGAUUCGAUAGAUAUAGAUUGCGGAAUUUUGUUCUGCAGUUACGGGAAAUUUAACAGUGUAAAAAUGCACGUAAUAUGCAAAAGUAUAUGAAAUAUACAAAGUUCAGCAUCUAUCAUAAUAUUUAUUAAGUGCAAUAAAUUUGUAUUUAAGUUUUAUUCCUUUAAUCGUUUUUAUGAAAAUAAUUCUUCUAUUUAUGAUUGCCAUUAUUUAUAUAAAUAUUUGCAUGAAUAUCCGUCUGUCCGUAUAUAUAUAAGGAAAGUGAGAAGGCUUGAACGAGUGGAAAAUAACUUGCAAUUUCACAAGGAUUUUUAUGUAACUCGAAAGGAACGCGGUUUGAUGUCCUGUUGAGCUAAUGUAAGCAACGCAACGUGUUGGCGAAACACCAUGGAAAUCGAUCCCAGGGCGUGUGGCGUUUGCGAGCCUCGGAAAGGCACGCAACACAUUUUCAUUCCAGUGAUAAGCCUGAUAGCCUAGGAAUUGGAUCUUGGUUUUACGAUAAAAUGCAAUCUAGGUAAAUCACGAACAAACGACCGAACCGAUUUUAAUCAAGAGUAACAAGCAGCUGGCUGAUAAGUAGGUUUCCCUUGGUACACGGGAAGCUCAUUUUACGUCCUACCGGAACACGGAUGGAGGGACUAGGGUUGAUGGAGAAUUUUAACGAAGUGACGAUUAGUUUUGGUGUUUCUUUGAAUUUUCUGUGACACAAUGAGAGAUAGGACAUUUAGCUGAGAAAUAGAGAAAAAGUUUAAAUCGUGAGUCAUGGUGGAUAAAUUGCACGAAUAUGAGGGUUUCGCUGGCAGGGUGCACGAUGUUAGAGACAAGUUUAAAGAAAAAUGGGAGACGUGGAAAGAGUGGAAGAAUGGGAUACCGAUGGACCAGGGGAUUAAAGGGUUCUUGAAUCAUCUACGAGGACCACCCAAAUUGGAGAGGAGUUUGAAUGAUUACGCGCAUAUUUACAGAAAAAAGACACGAGGAGAAUUGGUACGAAUAUCCGCAGCUGUGAUGGGAAUCGAAUUUUCUUACGCCGCAGAAACAGCGUUUGUUUCACCGACUUUGUUAAAAAUCGGCGUAGAUCAUCAGCAUAUGACCCUUGUCUGGGCACUCAGCCCUCUCAUUGGUUUCUUCGUCACACCGAUUUUGGGAAGUCUAAGUGAUAGAUGCAGACUAAAAUAUGGAAGAAGAAGACCGUUCAUUCUAUUGCUGGCUCUUGGAGUUUUGAUAGGAUUAAUACUAGUUCCAAAUGGGGAAGAUAUGGGAUAUGCCUUCGGAGAUGUUCCAUCUACGUGGACCAACUAUACAGUUCCCUUAGGACAUCGAACUACGGCGAAACAUGCGAAAGAAGAGUCAGUGAAACCUCCAUCUCACUCUUGGGGAAUUUUCUUCACAAUCCUAGGCACAGUUCUGCUCGAUUUUGAUGCUGAUGCCUGCCAAAGUCCAGCCAGAGCUUAUUUACUCGACGUCACUGUACCUGAUGACCACGCUAAAGGUUUAAGUACGUUCACCAUAAUGGCAGGCUUGGGAGGAUUCAUGGGGUACGGACUAGGUGGAAUUAAUUGGGAUGCUACUACGAUAGGAGUUAUGUUAGGUGGACAUCUUCAUGCUACUUUCACUUUAAUUACGAUUAUUUUUGUUAUUUGUGUAUCCUGUACCAUUACCAGCUUCAAAGAAAUCCCAUUGGAAUUGUUGGAAAGUGACGAAUAUCGUCAGUUACAGGAACAAAAGGCAUCUGCUGAAGAAUCGGAGGAUCAGUCAAAGGAACAUGAAAAAAUCAUCACAGAUGAUUGUGCUUCUUAUGGCACCUUGGACAAUGAUCAAGAGAUUGCUACGAAAAAGGAUGAGUUUGCUCUGAAACCUCUUCCAGUUCAAGAACCAGAGAAAAGAGUUGGUCAAGUCCCUAUGAUACCAGAUAUACCCAUCCAAGACACUAAUUACGUUGAACAUGGUUUCGAUGAAAGUAUCGAAGGAAAUCCAAAAGCCACAUUAAGGGAAUAUCUUCUUUCUAUCGUAUAUAUGCCACACAGUCUUCGUAUGGUGUGCCUAACUAAUUUAUUUUGUUGGAUGGCACAUGUAUGUUAUUCCCUGUACUUCACUGAUUUUGUUGGGGAAGCUGUUUAUGGGGGAAACCCACAGGCUCCAGAAGGUAGCGAAGAAAGAGAAUUAUACGAAAGUGGAGUUCGCUUUGGAUGUUGGGGAAUGUCUAUGUAUUCAUUAUCAUGUUCCUGUUAUUCAAUGAUCAUCGAGAAGCUCAUAGAACGCUACAAAGCCCGAAGGGUAUACAUUUGCGGCCUGCUAUUCUAUAGCACUGGUAUGAUGAUGAUGGCGUUGACGAAACAUCCCGCGGGAGUGAUCAUAUUCUCUUGGACCGCAGGUGUUAUGUACUCCACAUUAUUCACUAUGCCGUAUCUUCUAGUUGCACAUUAUCAUGCUUCAUCAACAUUCGAGGUGACAGCCGAGGGUGAAGCCGUUCAAAGCGGAGGAGUGCGUGGUCUUGGCACGGACGUCGCAAUCAUCUCCUCUAUGGUAUUUCUGGCGCAGUUUCUUCUGUCCUGCUGCCUAGGAACGAUCGUCAGUAAAUCUGGGACCACUACAGCCGUUGUAUGCGUGGCUAGUACCCUCGCCGCCUGCGGAGCCAUUUCUGCAACACAGAUUAUGUAUCUGGAUCUUUGAAGUUCCUUUGGUAAAGAGACGUUAAUUAUUUUUAUUUUUAUAAUUUAUUAUUUAAAGAAUGGAUUUUAUAUUUAACUAAUUCGAAAUAAUAGCCCUGAAGGAAUUAUCGUAUUAUAUAUUAUGAUUUAUUAUUAUUAAUGGAAACUAAUUUAAGUUUAGAAUUUGAAUUAUUGAAAUUUAAAGGGAAGUGUCUUAUUUUUAUAUUUAAUUAACAAUUCCCUUCUAAAAUCACUUUUGAAAAAAUUAGACUGCCGCAGAAGUGAUCUAUUUUUCCUUCUUUUUUUCUUUUUCUUUUUAGUGACACUGAAAUAUUUGAAAUAUUUUUAUUCUUCAAAUUAAUACUAAAUUAUAGUAUAUAUUAUAUAUAUAUGUAUAUUAAUGCUAAAGAGAUUUUAUUACUCUGAUACUUUUGAAGUAGACUACACAUUUGGCUACGUUGAUUAUUUUUAUUUUUACUACCAAGUAUAAGAAGAAUAGUGCUGUCGUAAAAACUGUUUAAAACAAUAAUUGUUGCUAAAGUGAUGUAUACAUAUUGUGUGAUUCUCUCUAUAUAAAUAUCUGCUGUAUUAACAUUUCUACAUUUAUUGUUAUUAGCAUUAUUUACAUAAUGAAAGAGAAUUUCAAUGAUUUGGAAAGAUCUAUGAAACCUUGUGAUUAGGAAAUGUAAUAACAAUAUAAUAACGAUAACGAUGCACAAAUAAUGGCUCCGUGUAUCUACGAUACAUCGUACAAUUACGAUUCUAUAUAGUUUAAAGAUACUUGUAAAUAAAUGUAACUUGUAAAAACGUAAUAAAAUACGUAGCAUAAUCUAUACACGAAUGAAAAAUA